AUUUUUGUACACAUACACUCCGGAGAGUUUUGUUAUCGUUUCGUUCGUGUUUAACUGCACACACCACUGGCAGGCACACACACAUUAUACAAGGAUUGUUUUUAUGCCCCCCCGAUUAUAUAAAUAUAUUCGAGUGCGUCGCAAAUUUCGCAUUAACAUUAAAAUCGUCGAUGGAAAAAGCGAGUAGGCUGUGGAGAAUGUGAACAAGUGCUAAUGAUACAUUGUUGUAGAGCAAUUUGUGGAGGACAUCCCCGAAAGUGAUUUGUUAUGAUGGCGAGGGGCACUGUGGACUAUGAGCAGCAAUUCAAGGACGAUUUGGAGAGGGCUCAGGCACUCAGCCUGGAGUCGCUGGCGCUUGAGAAGUUCAAAAACCAGAAGCUGAUGCAAGAUCUGAACAUAUCAAGCAACUCAAUCAGUAAACCGAUGAGGAGUGUGUCGAGAGCGUCGUCGAUGACCGAAACGGAUUCGAAUCGUAGCGAUAGGUUGGUGGUGAAGUCGCGGCCGAGGCCCGGCGCCAUCUCCAACAGCCAAACUCCAUCGCUCAUUGCUCCGCCCCCGAUAUCCGCAAGGAGGAACAGCACCGCAACCCCGCCCAUUUUGGAUGCGUCCACGCCCGAUCUGAUCUCCUUCACGAGUCCGGACACCAGCCAAGAACUGCUCCAGUUUUGCCGACAGAUCUACAGUAAUAAAGCCAACAGUCAUGUACAGCAACAGCAGAACCAUUACAAUUAUCAAACGUCGUCGACGGCGACUGUUAAUUACAAUCAGUUUCCUUCGGCGCCACCACCGAUCGGUUGGAAUCACAACGCAUUAAUGGGCGGACAGUUUACGCAAGGGGGGGCGGCGUCUGGACUGGCCAAACCGCUCUUCUCAAAUAAUCACCACCAGCCAUCGAAUACCAUUCCGGAGGAACGUUUGCGUAAUUUGCCAGCGCUUCCGCCCAAGCGUCAACCGCAGGUGAAGCUGAUGAACGCCAAGCCAAGACUGCAGAGCAACGUUGCAGCAGGUGGUGCGCUUUCUCAGACCAGCAGACGACAACUGAUGGUCACUGAAGGAGCGGCGGCGGCAGCGGUUGGAUACGGUAAUAUUAAUAACGGCGGAAAUCUGAUAGAUUUAACUCCGACGGGGACGGAGGAGGGUAGCGCCGGCGUUCGCGUCAGCAUCCUGGAGGCCUUCGAUCCGCUCUCGAGCAACAACACCGAGUACGAUUCCAUCGCUCGAUCCCUCACACCAGACUACUCGCUGGACGACAAGGCUUCGAUUUGCGACAGCAUCUACGAGGAGUAUGACCCGUACGACUUUAUCUAUUCGGGUUCGGGCAGCAACAGUCUUUCGGACCCGAUGUACGCGGCCGUCGUGAAGUCCGAGAACGCGCCGAUCUCGCCGCCACCGCCGCUGCCUCCAAGGGCGCACUCCACCAUGGAACGAAAGACGUCGUGGAUCAAGAAGACGUCGCUCCUAUUUGAAACGGUCACGACGAUCGACAAGAGGAAGCCGAAGCACGACGGCGACUUGAAAGCAUUCCACCAGAUGGUGCAGAAACUGAGAAACGAUUUCAAAUUCGAUUCGCCAAAUACAAAUAUGGGAUUGGUGGUGAGUCCCAUGAUGGAGUAUCAAUACCGCGAUGGCACCAGCAUCAAACUGUCUGUAUAUCCGCACUUUGAAGGCGCUGAUACUCAACGCCCGUUCUCCUUUACCUGCGAUGUCACAUCGAGCGUGCAGCACAUCACUCUCCAGCUGACAUUCGGAUUGGAAGCGCCGAUCGCCGAUCAGUACACUCUGAAGGUGUGGGGUUACAAUGAGUAUUUGGUGCCGUCCACGUUGCUCUCUCAAUACGAGUACGUGCAUCAGUGCCUCAAAUUGGAGGAAGACGUGGUGCUCAUCCUCAUACCCGACAGGAUGGUGGACAAAUCUCUUAGGAGGACCAAACAAGACGACAAUUGUGAUAGGGAGAUCCGGCUGGAGGAUAUAAUUCCCGGCGAGCCGAACUCUCCAAUUACUUGUGAUAAUUUACGAAUUUUAUUAGAGACUUUCGAGAAGGAGGUGGACAAAAUAACGGCGGCCGCCACUGAGGCGGAGAACAAUCGCGGCGGAUCUAUACAACCGUCCGGCGUUCUGCAGUCCACCAAGUUGGUCGUACAACUGAUGGGUUCGUUGGAGACGAUCGAGAUCACGCAAGCAUUGAGCGCGUUCAAGGACGUCUACAGCAAGCACUGCGCGAACGAUGUAAGAGUUCGGCGAAACCGAAAAUCGAAGUGUUACGAUAUUAACGGUGCUCUCUGCCCUUUGCAGCGUAUAGAAAUCUGGAAGGGAUUGAGUGCCGAUAUUGCGAACAGCUGCGGUAAGAUACGGGACGCCCUCAAGAGUCUCAUCCAAAUGUACAGCCACGCGUUUCGCGUCGAUUUCGAUGUUUCCGAUGGCGAGGAAAGAAUCUCAAGUUGCAGUGUUCCCGAUGUGACGGACACGAUAUUGGCGAAGGUGUGCGCGAUUUACAGACCAUCCCCGGACUGGAAUUACGAUAAUUACUUGAUAGCAGCGCAGAUUUACCACGGGACAAGACCCGUGGGUCAUCCGGAGCUGUCGCAACCAUGCGAAAUCACCAACAACAUGUACCCAAGGAUCUUGUUCGAUUGCUGGCUGGACAUGCAGAUGCCGGUGUGCGCGUUGGCGCGUGAAGCCCGUUUGGUGCUCGUCAUCUACGGUAGGACAUUGGCGCAAAGUAACGAAAAGGACAGCGACAAGGAACCGAUGCCGCAGUACAAGCAGGAGGAGGUGGGUUGGGCCUCGGUGCAAUUCUUCGAUUACAACAAUAUGAUGGCUCAAGGAAAUAUACUGCUGUCCAUCUGGCCGAAGGAAUCUAGUCACAUAUAUGGUCCGGCGCCCAGUCCUGGCACAUAUCCUUUCGCCGAACAUCCGGUGCUGGGUGUACAACUGAUGGGUCCAACCAGGACGAUUUUCCCGCCUACCCCGGAUACUUUGCGCGCUCUCACUGGCUUCGACUUCAGCAGUCUAGACGAUCAGACGCAGCAGCAGUUGCUCGCCCUCUUCGAUCAGGAUAUGUUGUACAAGUGUCCGCCGGAAUUGCGUGAAGUGUUAUGGGACAAGAGACACUACCUCUACGAACAUCCGCGAGCCCUGCCGAAGGUUUUGCUUGCAUCGCACAGUUGGGAAUGGGCGCGGCUUGCCGAUCUUCAUGGGAUGCUCAAACAUUGGAAACCAAUGAGACCGAUUGAGGCGAUACAGCUGCUCCUUCCAACAUUCCCGGAUACGGAGGUGCGAAGAUUGGCGGUGAAAUGGAUCGGCCCGAUAAGCAGCGAUGAAUUAGUCGACUAUCUGCCGCAGUUGGUCGUCGCCUUGAGACAUGAAACCUUCGAGAAUUCCCCUCUGGCGAGGUUCCUCCUAGAGCGAGCAUUGAAAUCGCCUCGCGUCGCUCAUCACCUCUUUUGGUUGCUCAGUCAUAAUCUGCCUGGAACUAUGCCUCAGAAUUACGGAUUCGAUGCGGUGGAUAGGGACGCGAUCGAGAUAAGCGAGAUUCGUCAUCACCGAAGGCUGCUGUUGAUGCUGCGCGCUCUUCUGGCGAUAUGCGGCGAAGCACUUCGCAAUUGCUUCCUGAGUCAACAGUUCCUGGUGCGGGAGCUGCACGAGAUCGCGGUUGGUGUACAGAGGACCAAGGAAUCUGUGCGAAUGUCACUACUCGCGAAUUCAUUGAGAAACGUACAUCAGAUGCUCGAGGACAAUCCGACGAGUCUGCCGCUGUCUCCGACGUUGCGCGUGUGCGGAAUCAACGUCGCCUCCUGCUCUUACUUUCCCUCGUACACGUUGCCACUGAAGAUCAGCUUCCUGGCGAAGGAUGGCUCCACCAUUCCGGCCAUAUUCAAGGUGGGCGAUGAGCUGCAACAGGAUAUGCUAACGCUGCAGAUGGUGCGGCUCAUGGAUAAGCUGUGGCUGAAGGAGGGUUUGGACUUGAAGAUGGUGGCGUACACGUGCAUUCCGACUGGAAAGAAGAGGGGGAUGAUCGAGAUGGUGAGCAAGGCGGAGACGUUACGGAAAAUACAGGUGGAGCACGGACUGACCGGUUCGUUCAAGGAUAAGCCAAUCGCCGAGUGGCUGGCCAAGCACAACCCCUCCGAACUGGAGUAUGGGCGGGCCGUCGAGAACUUUACCGCCUCAUGCGCCGGCUACUGCGUCGUCACGUACAUCCUUGGCAUCUGCGACAGACACAACGACAACAUCAUGCUCAAAACGUCCGGCCACCUGUUUCACAUCGAUUUCGGGAAAUUCCUCGGCGACGCUCAGAUGUUCGGCAACUUCAAAAGAGAUCGCACACCGUUCGUCCUCACCUCGGACAUGGCUUACGUGAUCAACGGGGGCGACAGACCUUCCGAGAAGUUCCACAAGUUUGUCGAUCUCUGCUGUCAGGCCUUCAACAUUGUCCGCAACAACGACAAUCUCUUCUUGCACCUCUUCACCUUGAUGGCAUCGUCAGGGAUGAAAGGUGUGACUACUGAGGCUGUGUCCAAUCUGCACAAGGCUCUACUCCCGGGCCAAUCGAAUCCAGAGGCGGCCGCUUACUUCGCCCGCCUCAUCGAGAGUUCGCUCAAGUCGUGGUUCACGCAGUUCAACUUCUUCCUGCACAACCUCGCCCAGCUAAAGUUCACCGGUGAUCAGGGUGACGGUGAGACUCUGUCCUUCGUUCCGAAGACUUACACCCUCGAAACCGACGGUAAGCUGAGCCACGUGCAGGUCGUCGGUUAUCAGAAACGCUACGAUCCGCACAAGUAUUACGUCUACGUGCUGCGAGUCACCCGGCACGAUCAGACGCAACCUAUGGAACUUCUCCGCACCUACAAGGAAUUCUUCGAGUUGCACCAGAAGCUCUGCAUGAACUUUCCGCUGGCAAAGCUACACAGCCUCUCGACCGGUCUUCAUGUGGGACGUUCCAACAUCAAGCAGGUGGCGAAGAAACGAUCCGAUGAUAUCGCGCUCUUCCUCGCGUCACUCUUCCGGACGGCCGACGAAAUCUCGCAUUCGGAUCUCGUCUAUACGUUCUUCCAUCCGUUGUUGCGCGAUCAGGCAGAUCAGUUUUGCAGAAAAUCAAAAGAUGGAGGUAGAUUGGAGGAGAGGAAGGACAUGGGUCGUUUGAAGGGGCAGCUCAAGCUCUCCAUCCAUUUCACUAGAGGCGUGUUCAGCGUGAUGGUGCACCACGUGCGAAGUCUGCCGCUGGUCGGCAACGCUCAAGAACCAUCCACCUACGUCAAAGUCUACCUGUUGCCGGAUCCCACGAAGGAGACCAAAAGAAAGACGAAGGUUGUCAAGAAGAACUGUCAUCCGAGCUUCAUGGAAAUGCUGGAGUACAGGAUGACGUUGGAUUUGAUCAGCAACAGAACGCUGACGGCGACGGUGUGGAAUUACGAUGCGCUACAGGAGAACGAGUUCCUCGGCGGCAUCGAACUGGAGCUGAGCGAGUUCGAUCUGACCAAAGAGAUGACCGAGUGGUUCCCAUUGGUGAACGUGCGUAGAUAGCAUUUAUCCAUCCAAGCCCAACGAUACCAAGAUUACAUCUUUUCCUUAAACUACUAUUGCUACUACCCUGAUGGCAGCGGCGGCGGCGGAGGAUACUCCAUGUUCAAGUGAUUAUUUCCCCAUUGCAAUUUAUUUAUUUCCUAUUGAGAGAAAUUCAUCAAGUUUUACGUGCGUAGUAAAACAUUAUUUAUCUCUCAUUUACAUACAUACAUACAUACAUACACAUACACACACAAACAGAUUAUUUAUAUAGUAUUUUCGUUAAUGCAUUUAUUCUCUUAUUAUUAACGAAAAGUAUUAGCCAUUCCUCUCUUUAUUCAACACAAUAUAUUUAUAUACAUAUUAUAUAUUUUAGCGAAAUUAGGAAAACAUGCAUACAUACAUACAAACAUAACAU